AUGUCAGCCACAUUUCCCGGCCUGGUCCAUGAUUCCGAGAUACGUCAUGACGGGUCCAACAGUUAUCGUCUGAUGCAACUCGGUUGCCUCGAGAGCGUCGCCAACUCUUCGGUGGCCUACAGCUCGUCCUCGCCGCUCACAGCCUACCCCCCGGCGGCCACAGAGUUCGCCUCGCCCUACUUCUCCACCAACCACCAGUACACCCCCCUGCACCACCAGUCCUUCCACUAUGACUUCCAGCACUCCCACCCAGCCGUGGGCCCAGAAGCAUAUGGCCUCAACUCUCUCCACUCCGGGCAGUACUACCAGCAGAUUCACCAUGCAACACAUGGAGAUGCAGACUUCAUCAACCUGCACAGUGCCCGUGCACUCAAGUCCUCGUGCCUGGAUGAUCAGCAGAGGCGCGAGUUGGGCUGCCUGGACGCUUACCGGCGACAUGACCUGUCUUUGAUGACGUCACACGGCGGACAGUAUAGCAUGCACCACGACCAGAGGCUGCUGCCUGCGGCAGGUCUGGGGCUCCCAAACCCUGGGGCGGAUGACCUGCAGGGCUCCGUCGAGGCGCAGUGCGGGCUCAUGCUCAAUGGCCAAGGUGGCGUCAUCCGAAGAGGAGGUACCUGUGUGGUGAACCCGACAGAUCUGUUCUGCUCUGUCCCUGGCCGUCUGUCCCUCCUGAGCUCAACCUCCAAAUAUAAAGUCACCAUCGCUGAGGUGAAGAGACGCCUCUCGCCUCCAGAGUGUCUCAACGCCUCACUACUGGGAGGAAUCCUCCGCAGAGCUAAGUCUAAGAAUGGUGGUCGUUGUCUGAGAGAGAAGUUGGAUCGACUGGGACUCAACCUGCCAGCUGGUCGGAGAAAAGCUGCCAACGUUACACUCCUCACCUCUCUGGUGGAAGGUGAGGCGCUCCACCUGGCUAGAGACUUUGGUUAUACGUGUGAGACAGAGUUUCCUACCAAGGCAGUAGGAGAACACCUUGCCAGUCAACACAAUGAACCCAAGGAGACCAACGCACGCAAGAAGAUGGUGCUGGCCACCAAGCAGAUCUGUAAAGAGUUUCAGGACCUGUUGAGUCAGGACCGUUCUCCUCUUGGCUCCUCCAGACCCACACCUAUACUGGACCUGGAUAUACAGAGACACCUCACACACUUCAGUCUGAUCACCCAUGGGUUUGGGACUCCGGCGGUGUGCGCAGCUCUUAGCACCUUCCAGACCGUUCUCAGUGAGAUGCUCAACUACCUGGACAAACAAUCUGCCGCUGGGAACCAUGGGAAAACCUCAGGUCAGGAGACGGAAAAGACCGGAAACGCCCGUAAAAACAGCGAACCGCUCAAUAAAGAGGAGAAAGCUGAAAAGACAGAGUAACCCCUUCCCUGUGCCUUGGGAGGAUGAGCUAUGGAGGCAGAUAUGUUGAUUAAUUCUGAACAACAGGAAGUAGAGACAUGGACUUCUGGUCACCGCCAUCUGGGAGCCAACAGGAGAGGAGCACACUGUUCUUCCUUCAGCCUCCAC